AUGUGUGAGGCUGCUGGCAAAGCCACUUGGCACUGCAGGAAGCAGUUUAACCAUGAACUCCCACUCAGGGAUCUCCAUCACCGCCUACAGUUGCUGCGUAAUGUGGAGGCUUAUCGGUCGGCUGUUGAGCUACCGUAUUGUCACCGAUCAUUGACGCUGUUCCCGCAUUUUGAAUACCUACAGAAUUAUCCUCGCCGCGAAGAAGCAUCCGAGAAGGAGAGGUUCCUGAGGAGGGGACAUAUGGCAAACGACUCGACAAGGGAGCGAGAUCUAAACAAGAGCUCUGAGCUGACUAUAUACUUGAAUAGUGCAGUACAUGGGUAUGAUAUCGCGUGA